AUGAUCCGAGUCCUCCUCCAAGACUACCACGCGAGACUUCGCAAGUACCGUCAAAGGAUUGACCAAGAAAAGACCACAUUCUGUGAGUUCAUGGGUGAGAUCGGUACAAAUCUGCUCCUGCAGAGGAUAGCUGAACAAGCCCGCGAACAGAGAAUGAUACGCGACGCAGCACUGGAGAACAAAUUCCGAAAUCUGCCCAAUCCAACGUCGUCCAGAAACGACAAACUGGUGCACAACCUGUCGUCAGAGGAGCUGACGAAGGAUCAUAUGCAGGUUUUACGGCACGAAGCUUCAUUUAACACGGCUGAUGCCAAGCCUGUUAACGUGAUUGCAGUAGUGGAAUCAAUCCUUUGUCAGACGGAGGCAACGGAGGAGAUUAAGAGCCUCAUCCGACACCAAGUGAUGUCUCUCCUAAUGUCCCACAGGCCGCGGGAAGUGCUUUCCAAGGUCGAGCGUGAUGCGCUUAGAGCACUCAAGUUCGACAAAGACCUGGUCAUCUAG